CUCAUCCACUCACGAAGUAUGCGAGUGUAGUGAGUUUUUUCUAAAUAAGUAAAUUGGAGUGAUUUUUAAUAUUUUAGGAUUAAAUAAAUUAAUAAGAUAUAACGCAAUGAACGAGUGGUUGUUUUGUAAAUUAUAAAUGGUUUAAAUAACAAAAAAUCGCAUUGAAAUUUCCAGGUGAUUAAACCAAAUAAAUAGUCCAUUUAAGUAUAGCAAAGAUAUAGAAAUUCCUUAACAAUAUGGGUUCAGAUAAAGUUGGUCAAAAAAUUCAAAAAGGUUUCCAAAUUAAUUACAUGAUACUAAGAGAUGCAGACAGUGGUAAGAUAAUAUGGCAGGAGAACAAAGAUUUUUCAUCGCCAGAUGUAGAACAUGAAGCUCGGGUACCAGUAAAGAUUUUAGAUAUGCGUGCAGUUUCUCGCGAAAUCAAUUUCAGUACGAUUGAAUCUAUGCAGAACUUUCGUUUGGAUCAAAAAGUACUAUUCAAAGGACGGAUCAUGGAGGAAUGGUUUUUCGAAAUGGGAUGGGUUGGCCCAAAUACAACAAAUACUUGGCAAUCGACGAUUGAAGCCGCGCCUGAAUCUCAAAUGAUGCCUGCUAAAGUUUUAAAUGGAAAUGUUACCAUUCAAACCAGUUUCUAUGACAACGAUACGCUCAUCACCACUUCGGUUGUACGCCUAUAUUACAUUUAAUUUACGCCCACAUACUUCUGACGUAAUUCUCAAAACUAGUGCUGACGUAAAUUGCAUUUUUUAUAAUAUAAGCAACUCUUAAGGAGUCUUUGUAACGGACUGACAUGAAUAAUUUAAAAGCAAAUACAAAUCUAAUUAAUAUCCUUAUUAACCAUUAAUUUAUUCUUUAUCUUUAAAGCAUUUUCACUUUAAACGACUAACGUUUCAAAUGCAAGCAAUUUUUUUGUAUAUUGAAGAAUUGUAGUGAUGUACAAUAUCAUAUAUCGCGAAUCUGUUCAUUUACUAAAACAUUAAGCUUAAUUUAAAGUUGUUAAAUAAUUUCAAAAUUGUUACACGCUU